AACUAGGGCACUGUUAUCUGGCCCCCUUUCAUUAACCACCAGGCACAAGGCAGAGAAAGAGAAAGAAUGAGCUGUGGACAGGAGGGUUGAAGCUGUAGACAAGACGGUGGAACAUCUGGAGUCAACACCGGACGUCAAGCAACCGAAGACAAACAGGACAACCUUGUCUGUCAUAGGCAGUCUUUACGAUCACACACACACACACACACACUCACAUAUACACACACACACACACAUACACGCUAGCAUUUUACUUCAUCGUGUCAAACACGCAUCAACACGCGUGCAAACACGGGCACGUGCACACACACACAACUUUGCACACACAUCGAGCAGCAACAUGUUUGAGGAGCAGGCGACUAAGGUCAAGAUCACAUCCGUGGUGAUUGUGGUGGGCAUGUCGUCGAUGCUGGCGGCGGUGGUGACUGACCACUGGGCCGUGCUCAGCCCCCGGGUAGAGAAGCUCAACGCUACCUGCGAGGCGGCCCACUUUGGCCUCUGGAGGCUCUGCAAGAAAAGUAUCUUCAUUGUGGAGGAGGACCCUCAGGGCAAAGGCUGCGGCCCCAUCAGCUUACCUGGAGCACAAAACUGUUCCUACUUCAAACACUUCACCUCGGGGGAAGAAGCUGAAGUUUUUGAAGUGAAGACCCAGAAAGAGUACAAUAUUUCAGCAGCAGCCAUCACCAUCUUCAGUCUGUUCCUCUUGGUCCUGGGCACCCUCUGUGUCAUCUUCUCUUUCGGGAAGGGACGGGACUACCUGCUUCGGCCUGCUGGGAUGUUCUUCGGCUUUGCAGGCCUUUGCAUCGUCAUUUCUGUCGAGGUAAUGCGCCAGUCUGUCAAGCGCAUGAUCGCCAGUGAUGAGACCAUCUGGAUUGAAUACUACUACUCCUGGUCCUUUACCUGCGCCUGUGCUGCCUUCACCCUGCUCAUCCUCAGUGGAGUGGCCCUGCUCCUCAUCUCCAUGCCCCGCAUGCCACGUAACCCCUGGGAGACCUGCAUGGACGCUGAGCCUGACACCUUAGAUUAGCCACAGGUUAUGCAAUGUCUGAAAGCCUGGUUAAAAUGACAAACAAUACAAGUGGUUUUGCAUCAUUUGCCCUUUAAAUACAUAUCCUAUCCCACAUAAACUAACAUUAUCAGUUUUUUUUACAAGGCCAAUGUUGUGACAACAUACCUCAUAAAUGCAGAUGUUGGAGCUUUCCACAAGCACCUGAACACACCCACACACCAACUGGGCCCUGCUUGUAACUGCAUUGCCAUGUGACAAAAAAGUACCAUUAAUGAUAAACAAAACAACUAAAUGUGCAUCAUAGAAUGCCUGUUUGAAGCAAGGUAUUUAAUUUUUUAUUUUUUGCUAAUUGAUUUUCAUUCACUCUGCACUAAAAUUAACUGCAACCAGUGGAUGACUGGAUGUCAAGAAAUGAUCAAUCUAGAGAUGUAUUGUCUACUUUGGAAACAAUUUGUAGCAAAACAUGCAAACACACCUGAAUCACGCUUUAAAGGUAUUAUGGAGGAUUUUCUUUUUCCGGGUGGAUCAUCAAGACUAUUGGUCCUCCUAGUUGUCAAUCAUUCUGGUGAUAUGUUUACGUAAGGCCGUCGUACGUGC